AUGGCGCCUACAACGACCAAAACAAAUCCUCAACGACCGCCUCUACGCUAUCCGAUACCACAGUCUACGCUUGGUCGAAUCAUUUGGCGCAAAUGGAUGUGGGUCGAGGCGACGUUUGCACUUUCCAUGCUCGAAAGAUGGGAAAAGAUCCUCGUGGUCAUCUUCUUUUUCCUUGCUUUGGUGCUCUUCGUCGCGGGAACGACACGCUACCUCCCGCACCAUCUCCUCUUCCUCACCAGACGUGCUAGAUUCUAUUUACUUGGAAACGAAAAGGAAACAUUCCACGUCGACUGGCCGACAAAGGCGGAACUCUAG